AUGGGCGCCAUUCAAGUGGUGUUGAGGCGCGUUCGGAGAGCGUGGAUCGCAACCCAAGUGGAGUUACACGAACGCUACUCAGUUGGACGACUACAUCGGCUCAAGGUCUACAUGGACACCCUCAGUACGUCCCGGAUGGUGGCGAUCUGCCUCCUCACGCCGUUGCCAUGCAUCGUACUUGCCAUUUUGUUCGAAACCUUCCCACUAGCUCCUCCAGGGGAUGGGAUUCGCGCCAACGGUGUG